GUUACUACGGGAAAAGCGACAUAGAAUGUCUUCAAAUUGAUCAGUUGCUGGACCUCUAUUCGGAUUAUCUGGACAUAUCGAAGCAUCUUUUCUUCGAAGCAGAUAAAGAUAAGAAGGCGGAGAUGCUGAAAACCCUUAAGGGACCAGACACACAACGUUACUUCGGGUACUUUGAGAGGCUUCUCAAACAGAACGGCACCGGCUUCUUCGUCGGCAAGGAG